ACCCGCCGAAAAAUCCACCAGUUCCCGCCUUAUCCACCCCCUCAACAACAGCCACCAGGCAUCCCCAAGUGCGGCCCUUCCCAGCUAGUUAUGGCAGCAAGAAUGCAGCAAGGCGGCGCCGGCGGACGUCCCGGAGGUUCUAGAUUUGCACAGUUCAAGCUCGUCUUGUUAGGUGAAUCUGCUGUUGGAAAGUCCUCGCUCGUAUUGCGCUUCGUCAAGGACCAAUUCGACGACUACCGAGAAUCCACCAUCGGAGCCGCCUUCUUGACCCAGACUAUUGCCCUCGAUGAAUCCACCACGGUCAAGUUCGAGAUUUGGGAUACCGCUGGCCAGGAGCGAUACAAGUCACUAGCCCCCAUGUACUACCGAAACGCAAACUGCGCCGUCGUCGUCUACGACAUCACACAAGCCUCUUCCCUAGACAAGGCAAAGGCCUGGGUAAAGGAACUCCAGCGCCAGGCCAAUGAAAACAUCAUCAUCGCCCUCGCCGGUAACAAGCUCGAUCUCGUGACCGAAUCCCCCGAUAAGCGCGCCAUCUCCACCGCCGACGCCGAACAAUACGCUAAAGAGGCUGGCCUCCUCUUCUUCGAGACCUCGGCCAAGACGAGCGAAAACGUGCGCGAACUCUUCACCGCCAUCGCAAAGAAGCUACCGCUCGACCAGGGCGGCCCACGGAACCUGAGGGCUGGCCAGCAGCGACCCGGCGUUAACCUACGACCCGAUCCCAACACCACCCAAGGGCCUGGCGGAUGCAACUGCUAG